GCCAAUUUUGAAAACCCAACAUGUCUGCGCCCAGAAGCCGCGAGGUUGAAAAGUGUUUGUAAACACAAAGCAAACCAGUAUCUGGAUAUUGGACAUACUCACUGACUGUAUUGUUGUCAUAGAGUUGGGAUCAUUGGUUCAUCAUGGCUGAACUCCGGGUGACCCCACUAGGGGCUGGCCAAGAUGUUGGUCGUAGCUGUAUUCUGUUGACCAUUGGAGGCAAGAACAUUAUGCUGGACUGUGGGAUGCACAUGGGCUACAACGACGAGAGGCGGUUCCCGGACUUCACUUACAUCACUCGCACUGAGAAGCUGACAGAGCAUCUCGACUGUGUCAUUAUCAGUCACUUCCACCUUGACCACUGUGGGGCACUGCCGUUCAUGUCGGAGAUGGUGGGGUACGACGGACCCAUCUAUAUGACCCAUCCAACAAAGGCCAUCUGCCCAAUACUACUGGAGGACUUCCGCAAGAUAGCCGUGGAGAGGAAGGGGGAGCAGAAUUUCUUCACCUCAGACAUGAUCAAGUCCUGUAUGAAGAAAGUUGUGGCUGUCAACCUACACCAGACAAUCCAGGUGGAUGAUGAGCUGGAGAUCAAGGCUUACUACGCAGGCCAUGUGUUGGGAGCGGCCAUGUUCCACAUGAAGGUUGGACAACAGUCAGUAGUGUAUACGGGGGAUUACAACAUGACUCCUGACCGCCAUCUUGGUGCAGCCUGGAUUGACAAAUGUCGUCCAGACCUGCUGAUCUCUGAGUCAACAUACGCCACCACUAUACGAGAUUCAAAACGAUGCCGAGAACGAGACUUCUUGAAGAAAGUUCAUGAUUGUGUGGAGAAAGGAGGAAAGGUGCUGAUCCCAGUGUUUGCCUUGGGGCGGGCCCAGGAACUGUGUAUCCUGCUGGAGACCUACUGGGACCGCAUGAACCUCAAGGCACCAAUAUUCUUCUCCCUCGGACUCACCGAGAAGGCAAACCACUACUACAAGCUGUUCAUCACAUGGACCAGUCAGAAAAUCAAAAAGACCUUUGUUCAAAGGAACAUGUUCGAGUUCAAACACAUAAAGCCAUUUGACCGAUCAUACAUCGAGAACCCGGGGCCGAUGGUUGUGUUUGCCACACCGGGGAUGCUUCACGCUGGUCUCUCGCUGCAGAUCUUCAAGAAGUGGGCACCAAAUGAAAACAAUAUGGUAAUCAUGCCAGGGUAUUGUGUGGCGGGGACUGUUGGACAUAAAAUCCUCAACGGAGUUCGGAGGUUAGAGAUGGAAAACAAACAGAUGUUGGAUGUCCGGAUGUCAGUGCAGUACAUGUCGUUCAGCGCCCACGCCGAUGCUAAAGGCAUCAUGCUCUCAAAGCCCAGGCAGGAAUUUGGUAUGUUAAUGCUUGUUCAUGGAGAAGCUGCCAAGAUGGAGUUUCUGAAUGAAAUGAAAAUCAGGCAGGAAUUUGACAUCGACUGUUUCAACCCAGCCAAUGGGGAGACAGUGAACAUAGUGACGCAACACAACAUUCCAGUAGACAUCUCACUCAACCUGCUGAAGAGAGAAGCCACAUUCACAGGUCCUGACCCCCCUGAUCCGAAACAGCCCCGUACCCUGCAUGGAGCUUUGAUGAUGAAAGGCAAUAAGCUGCAGCUGGUGGAGCCAGCACAGGCAUUCCGAGAGCUGGGUCUGGAGGAACAUCAACUUCGAUUCACAUGCACUGUAUCUGUUGAUGAGCCAGGGACCAUCAUGCAGACUGUGGACAAGAUUUAUAAUCUCUUGAAGAGUGAUCUGAAGGACUCUUCCAUUCAAUACUCCAGCGAUGGCUCCAUCACCAUCCAGGACUCUGUGCUCAUCAAGGUUUCGGGGGAUGAGGAGACAAAGGACAUGCUGGUGUCUUGGUCACAUCAGGAUGAAGAAUUGGGGAGUUACUUACUACAGACACUACGUACAACAUUUGUGGCAUCAUGAAACAAGGGGGAUAACUCUUGUGGUUCGAGUUGUAAGAGCCACCUGGACAAGCUGGGAGGAGACAGCUGGAAUAAAUAUGCUGGUGCUCUCAUGCAGCAUAGUUGUCAAUGGUUCACCAGGAUAAUCAAGAAGACUUUGAAGAUUGCAAUCUUCAGGACGGUUAUUCCAUGACAACAAGGUGCUGUUUGUAAUGAGAAGUCUCCAGGAAAGACGUGUUCCUCAAUACCAUGUUGCUGCUUGUUUCUGGGCCCUGUAGGAGGUUUUAUGAGUGCUUCAAGAAAACCUGAAUUUUGCACCCAGAACUCAUGACUCUUUGACUGCUGUGGUUGUUUUUUGAUUUAACACAGCUUCCUAUUGGUGGAAUGAUACGGUUUGUCAAAAACUGGGAUUAAAAUAUUUUGUCUCCAUCAAAACGCUUGGAACCUUUCUGAAGGUAAAAUGGUUGGACCAAGGGGAACAAUCCAAAACAGGAAGCAGAAAUUUAUUCACUAAGAUCACUCUUAGUGAUGUCUAGCAUUGCUUAGCAUAUUUUGUGAACAAAAGCUUGUUUCAUAUGUUUCUGUGAAUUGAAAAUAUAUCAUAUAUUUUUUAAUUGGAGAAAAAUCACAGCCAUCCUGUACAGUAUCAAAAAUAAACCUUUGUGUUUCA